AUGCGGGCAUUUCUAGGGUUUUUAAUGGUGUUCGUGGUCUCAGGUGAUGAGGAAGUUCUUGUCAAAGGUUUCCCAAAUGGAAGCGUCGUUCUGCCUUGCACCUGCUUUAACAGCCAUCUCGAGAAUUUUUUUAAGUGGCAGAAGAAGGACAAAAAGGAGCUUGUUUUCAAGCACGAAAUGGAGUUGCAUGUAGGCUCCCGCUACAUAGACAGGAUAGAAACAUUUAGAGUAAACAACAGCAAUAACUGCUCAGUUCAGAUAAAAAAUAUCACAGCAGAUGACCAAGGGCAGUACCAAUGCAGUUUCUACCACGGACAUCAGUACACUACCAACUAUGUGAAACUACACGUUUGUGGGACAUACAACAUUUUACAGGACAAUGAAAAGCUGCAAAAUGGUAAAAAGCUGUUCAAAUGUCAUGUAAAGGACUGCUACACGUCUGAGAUUCACUGGACUUUAAAUGGACAUCGUCUAACAAAUUCACCUGAGGCUGCCAUAUCCACCCACCAUGACCUGGAUCCUGCCACCGGCCUUUAUGAUCUCAGAAGUAAUCUGUCAAUAAGAGAGAGUAACUGGACCUCUGACCCAAGAUGUGAGGUCAAAGCCAAAAAUGAUGGGGAGAGAAGUCCUUUAAUGAAACCAAAUGAAGUCCCCAAAGACAAUCUCAGGUUACUGUUUAAAAUGAUCCCCGUGAUGUCGGCGCUCGGAUUGAUCCUGGUCUUGUCAUUCCGUAGCAAAGUCUUACAGAGGCAUAACCAAAGACGGCAGCAUCGGCAACCGGAAGUUUCUACGUGA